GUUUUGGAGAAAUUAUGGGAUUCAGCGUAAAGAAUGGCUUCAAGAAUGGCUAGAGAUUCGCCUGUGAAAACAGAAGAGAAAGGAGGUGGAGGCUAGUCUCAGCAAUGGAAUCAAGCAGGGUAUGCUCCUUGAAGUGUGCCACAAAAACAAUCCAGAUAUGUACUGGAUUGCUGAGAUUACCAUGGUUUGCGGCCAUUUGCUUAGAAUCAAGUACUUGGGUGCCAAAGAAGAUUUCUGGUGUGAUAUUUCAAAUACCAAGAUCCAUCCCUUGGGAUGGUGUGGGAAAUAUGAUGAGCUAAUUGAGCCACCAGAGGAUAUAAACUCUCAAUAUGGAGACUCAAUCAUAGAAGUCAUGAAGAAGGCAUUAUUUGCUGGGCAAUCAGUGGCUAUUGAGGCGUUGAAUAAUAAAGGCCUGUCCCCUAUUGAUAGAAUCAAGGUCGGAAUGAAGGUGGAAGUGCAGUAUAUUAUAGACCCAUAUAGAUACUGGAUUGCAACUGUAACAGAAAAUGUUGGUGGAAGACUGCUACUGCGUUAUGAUGGCAGUGAUGAUGAGUUACCACAGUUCUGGAUAUUUUUCUCAAAUCAAAGGCUAUCUAACUUUGGAUUUGUAACUAAUAAGGGUUCACCAUGGCAGUUCAGAUACCCUUCCAAAAUAAACAAAUUCUCCUGUAAAAAUAAACUUAGCACUCAACUUCGGCUAAGUAAUGAGGAAUCUAUCAAAGAGCCGACACCUGCAGAUUUAUUUCAGCCAAACCAAUCAUUGGAAGCUCAUAAUUUCAUCACUGGCAUGAAACUAGAAGCAUUGAAUCCUCAAGACAUGAAGACAUUCAGCCCAGCAACUGUUGCAAAAGUGUUUAACAACUUUCAUUUCUUGGUUGUUCUUGAUGACCACAUGGAAGACUAUGAGGACUCCAAGGUGGCUUGGUUGUGUGACUCCUUGAAUCCGUACAUCUAUCCCAUCGGAUGGGCUCAGAAAAACAAUUUGAAUUUCAAACCACCCAAGAUAUGGAAAGAAGGCUCUUUCGAAUGGGACGAAUACCUCGCGAUGACAUCCUCCGUCCCUGCCCCUGAGUAUUGUUUUGGAAACAAAGAGCCUUUAAAAGGAAUUGAAGUCAAUAUGAAACUGGAAGCUGUCAAUCCUCACAGGCAUGAAGAAAUUUACGUGGCAACCGUUGAUUCCAUCGUCGAUCAUAUGGUAUGCGUGGAACUAGUGCCGAUUGGAGAGAAGUUUUGGUAUUCACAGAACAGUGACCUCCUAUUCCCAGUCGGGUGGUGCGAUAGCAACAACUACGAGUUGCACAUCCCUGAUGUGUCAGCUCCUGUCGUGAAAGAACCGCCCAAACCUGUGGAAGAGCCUCGAAAUGUCAAAGAAGACAUAAAAUCCUCUGAUGAGUGGUGUGAUCGUAUUUUCUUCAACUACAAAUGUUACGCGGGACCAUCGAUCAGUAGAAACAAGCUGUCCCAGCUUCCGAAGCAUGUUGGGCCGGGACCACUGUCUCUUGUGCUGAAGGAGGUGCUGAAUAAAGUUAUAUCGGCGUCAUACAAGCCAGCGAAGUUGCUCAAGGAUUGGGAGACUGAGGGACCAGCUGAAGAGGGGAUGAGACUUGAAAUGUUACGUGCAAAAUUGAAGACAAGCACGUACCACGCGUACGUGCCGAUCGCGACACAGGCGACUCAGGUGGCGCCGUUCUGCCGCGACGUGUGCGUCAAGAUGCAGGCCUGCCCGUGCCUGUUCGGACCCGUAGAGUAUACCUCGCAGUGUCCUAACAACUGCCAGAACGUUGACAAGUCCACCUUCCACAACGGAACUGAGCGACGCGGCAGGCCCAAGGGUAGUCAGACUGGAAAAAGAAAGAAGAAAAAGUGUACUCCAGAGAAGAGAGAAAAAGAGCCACAACCAUCACAGGAGUCCGAGAGCAACAAGGACGGAGAAUCGGUGAGUGAGCACAGCGCGGGCUCCACGCCGCCUUCCGAGCCCGGCACCCGGCCUAACUCGCCCGAGAGUGGCCCCGACCGCAAACGAAGGCAAAGACGGAAACGAGGCACCAAGAACAAUUAUCCCAAAAUGGAAAUGAAGACCCGCGGUGCUAAAUUACCAAAUUUCGCUCUGCAAAUGAAAGAAUCGCACUGGGAUAAAAAGGACGUCGAAACAAUUUACAGCAACACUUGUGCCAAGAAGCGCAGCUCCCCCGACAGCGACACAGAAAAUGAAACGAACGAAAGCAGCUCCAAUUCGAGGGAUGCCAAAAAUAUAUCAGACGUCUCAGAUACUGAGGAACCGGAACUGAAGAAAUUGAAGUUCAACACUUACGAUCCUCUCCCGUCAGAUAACAAAAUGUUCGAAAAGAAUACGGCCAUGAGUUGGAUGAAAGGGAAGCUAAAACUCGCUCAGAAUCCCUUGGAAUGGUCGGUGGAUGAUGUUUAUUCGUACUUGAGGAACACAGAUGACUGUAAAUUAAUAGCAGAGAAAAUGAAACAGGAAGAAAUAGAUGGAGAGGCUCUUAUAAUGCUAGACUUGGAAACGAUACGGGAUUUCUUGCAUAUGAAGAAAGAGUUUGCUAUUCAACUCUGCAAGCACAUUAGUAUGAUAAGGUGGUAUUACAUAGUUAAUUUUGAAGAGAAUGCAGAAACGUGAUACUAAGAUAAAUCUCAAAAUGUAUUGUUUAUCUAGUCUGCAAUAAAACUAUUUGUUAACUUUCA